GUCUCUUUGUUUCGAUCAUUCUAUUCUCUUUGUGGAACUGUAACUGUUAGAGAAACAACGAUUAAUGGAGGAGAUUAGAAAUUGAAUCGAUUGUAUUAAUGUAUAAGAACCAAAACUUCUCUUAGUUGAACGAUUCAAUUUCUGAUCUUCUCCACAAGAAUCUUCAAUUAAGUUUCCAACAAUUAAUGGAGGAGACUACAAAUUGAAUCAACUGUUUCUCUUUUCUUCAAUUAGCAUGACUGUCAUAGACUUGGAGCCAUACAUGGUGACAGUUGCACCAAGCAGAUGGGUAAGUAAUGCAGGGGGUUCACCUAUGCCGAUAUGUGACCCUGUAAGAAACUUGAUGAGACAACAGGAUUUGAGAUGCAACUUGGGCACAAAAGAGAAGGUUGAAUACGUUAAGUCUCUGUUUCAGGAUCUUUUCACUGGAGCAACAAUUGGUUUGGGAAAAGACAGAGGGGGUCUGUACUAUUUGGAGUUACAAGGGGCAAAAAAAGAUGACAGUAAAGAGCUUACAAAUCAACAAGUUCAUCUAGUUCCGAAGAUCUUGUUGUGGCAUAAAAGAUUAAGGUCAUCUAUCUCUUUUGGAUAUUUACAAAGGUUGCUCCCUAACUUGUUCUCAGAACUUGUUGUCUCUAAAUUUCAUUAUGAAAGUGAGCUAGCUAAAUAUCACAAUGUCCCAUACCAUUUAAGCAUGAAUACAAUUUAUCUCUUUUUUUUGUUUUUCAUAGCGAUGUUUGGGCUCCUUCACGAGCCACUACUACUUGUGGUAUCCGGUGGUUUGUAA